AUGUCCUCCGCCGCCCCCAAUAAUUCCGCAUCUCCAACCCCUGCGGAGGACCAAAACAACCACUCCCGCCCCGGUUCCCCUGCAGAUGGUACUGCACAGAACAACGGCCCGGACUCGGAUACCCUCACCUUGCGUGCACUUGUCACUACCAAGGAAGCCGGUGUGAUUAUUGGAAAAGGCGGUAAGAAUGUCGCCGACUUGCGUGAGCAAACUGGCGUCAAGGCUGGUGUGAGCAAGGUCGUCCAGGGCGUCAACGAGCGUGUGCUUAGUGUCAGUGGCACCGUCGAGGAUGUUGCCAAGGCAUACACUCUAAUUAUCACCCAGCUCCUUCAAUCCGCCCCCUCGUCUCCAGGUGCACCUCCACCACCUCCCAGCAGCACACAUACUUCCCUUCGUCUCCUUAUCUCGCACAACCUUAUGGGUACCAUUAUCGGCCGCGGGGGUCUCAAGAUUAAGGCCAUUCAGGAUAACUCGGGUGCCCGCAUGGUAGCAAGUAAGGAAAUGCUCCCACAGUCAACCGAGCGCGUUGUCGAAGUUCAAGGUUCAUCUGAGAGCAUCGGACGUGCAAUCGCCGAAAUCGGUCGUUGCUUGCUCGAGGAUUGGGAGCGCGGAUUGGGUACUGUACUGUACCACCCCGGCCCGGGAACAGGUGCCGACCCGUUGGGAGGCACUGGUGCUCGUCGUAACUCGGGCGCAUUUGCUCCUUCAACGUCGACUACGCCUCGUCGCAUUAGCAGCGCCGCCGACAAUGUAUACAGUGGCGCAUCCAAUCGUCGCUCAGUAUCUGGUAUCAGUCAGGUUGUUGGCAACAACUCUCCUCCCUCUCGCAGUCCCCCUCCGUCUCAAACACCUCCUGCCGCCGCCCUUCGCACUCAAAAUAUCUCGAUUCCCUCGGACAUGGUAGGAUGUAUUAUUGGACGCGCUGGCUCCAAGAUUACCGAAAUUCGUCGCCUUUCUGGUAGCAAAAUCAGCAUCGCCAAGACCCCUCAUGAUGAGACCGGCGAACGUAUGUUUACCAUCGUUGGUACCCCCGACGCGAACGAGAAGGCCCUGUUCUUGCUUUAUAACCAACUCGAAAGCGAGAAGGAGCGUCGCGUUGGCCGUGAGGCAGUUGGAGAGUAA